UCAACGAACGUCAACUAGCGACCGUUGUGCUUUGAAAUAAAAAAUUAACUGACCGGUAAAAACUAAAAACAUUGAGAGCCGUUUACAUUAAUUACCUACUGCUAUAAAAGUAUAUCAAGAUGAGGUCUGCGAAAUCAAAACAACGAAUUAACGAAAUACGAACGCCAGCCAGAAGUAAGCAAAACUUAUUCCAAGGUGAAAGAGAUCCAGUUCAAGUUUACUGUCGAUUGCGGCCCAUGCAAAGAGAUUCCGACACAUCAUGCAUAAAAAUAAUAUCUCCCACGACGGUGCUAAUGUCUCCGCCAGCUACAGCGUUAAGUUACAGAAAUGAAGGUAACAGAACUAUGAAAUACACGUUCAAAGAAGUGUUCCCGCCCGAAACGAACCAGCAAGAAGUGUUCGAUAAAGUCGCUCUGCCGCUAGUGGAAGGUUUGCUGAAGGGCAAAAAUGGUCUGCUUUUCACAUACGGAGUCACAGGAAGCGGGAAAACAUUUACUAUGACUGGUGAACCUAACAAUUGCGGUAUACUACCAAGGUGCCUCAAUAUCAUCUUCAAAACAAUAAACGAAGUGCAAGCACACAAGUACAUAUUUAAACCUGAUAAAAUGAACAUGUUCGACAUUCAAAGUGAAGCCGAAGCUAUGCUGGAGAGGCAACAGGAGCUCCACAAAUUCAAAAGUGGCAGGAAGAAUAACUCUAAUCCAGAUUUAGCUAUGUCCGAUACAGAGCUCACUAAAAUAAAUGGAGUAAAUGAAGAUAAUCAGUACGGUGUUUUUGUUUCGUAUGUAGAGAUCUAUAACAACAGUGUUUUUGACUUGUUGGAAGAUGGUCCACCCAUUACUAAAAAUCUUCCUGUUAAAAUAAUAAGAGAAGACGCAGCCCACAAUAUGUAUGUGCAUGGUGUGACAGAAAUAGAGAUUAAAUCUGCUGAGGAAGCUUUUGAAGCAUUCUACUUGGGACUCAAGAGGAAAAGAAUGGCUCAUACAACUCUUAAUGCGGAGUCCAGUCGGAGUCAUUCAGUAUUCACCAUUCGUCUUGUACAAGCACCGGUGGAUGAAAUGGGGGAAGCUGUGAUUCAAAACAAAAAGUUUCUAAAUAUCAGUCAGCUGAGUUUAGUUGAUUUGGCUGGUAGCGAACGAACAAACCGAACGAAAAAUACUGGCCAGAGGUUGAGGGAGGCUGGAAACAUAAACAAGUCACUUAUGACAUUAAGAACUUGCUUGGAAGCUCUACGAGAAAACCAGGUUAAUGGGACCAAUAAUAUGGUACCAUACAGGGAGUCUAAGAUCACACACCUGUUUAAGAAUUUCUUUGAAGGCGAGGGCCAAGUUAGAAUGGUAGUCUGUGCAAAUCCAAGAGCAGAAGAUUACGAUGAGACCCUUCAAGUAAUGAGAUUCGCUGAGGUAGCCUCGGAGGUUGAAGUUGCAAAACCACAAGUUAAUGAUGUUGCGGCAUCUAUUGGUUUGGUGUCUGGCCGCAGAAAAGCUAACAGAUUAUUUAAUGCUGCCAGAGACAACAUUAUGCGAGCUGAUGCAAAGGACUUAGAGCUGGACCUGGGUCUUGUUUAUAGUCUUGGUCCAGAUUUCCCCAGCCUAGAGCUGAAUAGCUCUCAAGCAAGUCACAUAAUAAAAGAAUUGAUGGCUCAUCUUGAAAUGAGACUAAGCAGACGUGAAACAUUGAAGAGAAGUAAGGAUAUAAAGGAUGAGAGAUUGAGGUCAAGUUUAUUGGAGCUGGAGAAAGAGUCUUUGGAAGUUAGAAGUGAAAAUGCAUCUCUCCGAGGACAGCUAGCCUCGGCUGAAAGGAGAAUCAGAGCCCUGGAGGAAAGGCUAACAGCUACUGAAAACACUUCUCUGUCUCAUCAGAGGAAAUUGGCAGAGUUGACUGAUUACACUUCCAGCCUUAAAAGGGAACUGCAAGAAAAAGAAUUGCUUCUCAGUCAAAAUAAGCUUGACAAAGAGAAACAAAAGAAGGUUCUAGAAAGGAAAUACCACAACAAAAUAGCUGCAGAACACGAAAAAGCUAAAGAAAUACAUUCAGAGAAAGAAAGAUUGAAGAAUGCCAUUGAGGAGAAAGAAAACCGUUUGAGAAUUAUAGCUGAGGCCCUAGGUGGAGAUAGGGGUGAUCAUGAUGUUGGUACAAAAACACAUGGAGAUAUGGGAGCCCAAACUAGAGAUUUCACACCAGGAUCUACUCCAAGAGCUUUGCCUGCCCAUCUUUUGACACCAUUUACCACUGGUCAUCACGGUAGGGAGACCAAAGACACUCCGACGUCUCGCCGCGGCGUCGCCGUCGCUAACCCGAGACACCGUCGCUCCCUGUCAGCCGACGGCAGGGGCUGGGUUGAACACGCUCCGAACAAAAUAGUCCCAAUGGGCACAGUCAUGAAGCCGAGCAUCACCAACAGCAAAUACGUUAACAAGCUCACAAACGUCAAGGAUAUCGCAAAUCCGAAGCUCUCAAAGUAUUGUCUGGUGUCCCAGGAACAGGAUACAGAUGGGGAGCUCGAAACUAAGCUGUACAAAGGAGAUAUUGUACCAACUUGUGGCGGAGGUGCUCAGGUCAUAUUCAGCGAUGUUGAAAUGCUAAAACAGUUCUCCCCAUCAAAGGACAGGGAGUCGCAGACAAACAGAACAUCUGGGUGUGCCAGGCAUUCUGGCAAAAGACGCGACACAGGUUUCUCCCCACCACAAACACCAACAAACACAAGCAAAAAGCAGAGAGUAGAUGACGAUUAAAUCAGUUUAACAUGUAGUAUUAAAAUUAUGUAGAGUUAACAAUGCAAGCAUAUAUUUUUUAGUAUUACAAAGCCAAAUUUAAAUAUUCAGUUGAUACAACUAAAAUCAGUUUUCAUAAUAACUUAUUUAUGGUGUAAUAUAUUAUUUAGUAUUCUCUUAGUUACAAAAGGCACUUGGUUUGAAAUAGAUUAUAUUUUAUUUGUUAAAAUCUUGUGUGUAAUAAAAGCAGCAAGUAUUAUUGAUGUAUUACAAUGCUAAAUGUAAUCUUUUGUUUGGCUCUAAACAGAGUGACUUAGAAUUUAAUAAUCCUAUCUUUCAGAAUCUCACUUUAUAUAAAUGAGGUAAAUCACAAUGACUCUUAUUUUCAUGAUUAACAAACUAGACCGUAAGCAACUUAAUUGUUUUGAUUAUUUUUAUGGUUAAGAGGAGAUAUUUUGUUUGAGUUAUAGUAUUAAGUUUUUUUGUACCUUAUAUCCACCUACCUCAGGAUCAUAAUACUUAAAACGAAUCUUUAAAAAAAACAAAUCUUAUUAUAAUAAUAACAUUGAGUAACAAAAAUAAUGAAGUUACUCAUUUAUUAUUUUAGCCCAUGUAUUUUGUGCAGCUGGCUUGUAUAAUUUUGAUAACUUAUACAAGCUUUUUGGUUUUAACUUAUACAAGAUACAUUUUGAUAACAUAUUUCUAAACUUUUGUAUUUAUUUAGCUUUCUAGUAUUUUGUUCUAUGAUUUUAUCGGCCUUUGAUGAGACAAGGUGUUUUUGCGUAUCUUUAGAAUGACAUGUGAUUUUCUAAACCAAGAAUAAACUUGACAUGUAUAUGUACUUAAUUAGGUAAUAUUAUAUGGGUGUAUAUUUUUGUCGCAAUUUGUAAUAUAUUUUAUAAGCUUACUUGUAGUAAAAAGUUGGUUUAUUAA